GCUGGGUAGUGGGGGUCCUGAGCGCUCUGUCUCCAGAAUACCGCGCCUGGUACCUCAGCGACGCCUACAACCUGCUCAUGGGCUUCUUCAUCUUCCUCAUAUUCGUCUGCAAGAAGAAGAUCAUCAAGAAACUUGAGAAGAGGUACGUUAUUGUGUGUCCUAAACUGAUGCAAUUGAAGCACGUAUGUACCUGAAGCUCUCCGUUACCAUGGGCGUCAGCUGGGUGCUGGAGGUCCUGAGCGCUCUGUCUCCAGAAUACCGCGCCUGGUACCUCAGCGACGCCUACAACCUGCUCAUGGGCUUCUUCAUCUUCCUCAUAUUCGUCUGCAAGAAGAAGAUCAUCAAGAAACUUGAGAAGAGACUGUGUUCCACACGCACGCAAUGGUCUCCGAUCUUCACCAAGAGCCGGUCAACCAGCGUUUCUUCAGAUUCUUCGGACAGCCAGGAUACGACUUCUCAGAUCUGCUCGAGCCCUUCUGGGGCUAGUUAUUAUAAGGCGUAAAAUUGGACGGAUUUUCAAUUUCAAACUGAUGGGGGCCUACCUGUGGCUCCAAUUAUGCAAAAGCGAAAUAGACACAAAAAUAACAGUUUUUCCCUCGAUUUCGCGGUAUAUUGGUACUCAUAUGUAGUUAAGAUUGACUACAUAUAAUAUGUUGCAAAUGUUUGUAUAAAAUUAGGUAAAUAAGUUAGGUAUAAUAUAACCUAUAACAAAAUGUGUUCACAAAAUCUAAGAGUAUUAAAAUGCAUUUAUUUAGUUUAGAUAGUUACAUAAUUUAAUUAAGAAUUAAUUACACUACGUACCUAGUUAUAAUGAUAUUCUCUAUUCAUUACAUACAGCUUAGUUCCAUACAAAUAUUAGGUAACCAUCUAUACUCUGUGUCUUUAAGUAUUUAAAUAAAAGUAAACAAAUUGUACAUUUUCGGGUAGUAAUUUAUCACAUUUAUUGGUUAACCAACCAAAUACAAAACCGCUUAGAUCAGUCACUGAACGGGCCGACUUUAACCUACAUUAUUUGAUCGUUUAAUGUUUUCAUCUACUCUCAACUGGCUUAAGGAGCCAUUUGAGGGUAGAUUUUGUUUACUUUUAUUUUAAUACCUAAAGAUACAGACUUUUCCUUCCUCAGACAGACAAAACCUCCUAUUUCUACCUAAUUGCAAACAUCAUCGUAGAUAUUCUUAUUCUUAAUAUCAUUAUAGUUGUAAUCUAUUCUCAAUAAUAAAGACCCUGUAUUACCAAACCCACUAUGUAUUUACCAAAAUACAUAAUUAGGUAUCUAAGGUAUUUUAAAGCAACACAAAACCAAGGAGAGCUUACGUUUAGGUACCUAAUUAUACUUAAGGAUUAUAACAUAUUUUGUCUCUAAUAUUUUGUAUGCGAUGCAACCUAUGUAUAAAGUAUCUACCUACUUAGAUUUAAUCUAUGAUGUAAGAGUAAUUUUAAGUUGUUAAGUGUUACUUAGAGUCUGCGCGGAAAGAGAUUAACGUAGAAUGUAUUAGAUCCCAUCACGAUCCCAUAUACAUUUCAUGACUCUUUCCGCACAGUCUAUAUUAACUAAAAUAAAAUUAAU